ACUGCCUCAACUCUCAACCAAAAGUCACACAGAGAAAAAAGAGAGAGAGAGAGAGAGAGAUGGCAUUAUAUCAGAGCAUGCUUUUAUCAGUCUUUUUGUUAAUUGUAAUUCUAGUUUCAUCAGGGCCAAAAGUAUCCGAAUCAGCUAGAAUUUUCACUAUAAUAAACAAUUGCAAGGAGACAAUUUGGCCUGCAAUCACCCCAGGAGAGAACUUCAAUGGUGGUGGUUUUGCAUUAAAAUCAGGUCAAUCUGUUGUGUUAACUGCCCCUGUUGGUUGGAGCGGUCGAAUUUGGGGUCGAACUGGUUGCAACUUCGAUAAGAAUGGCAAUGGUAUGUGUCAAACCGGUAGAUGUGGCACAACCCUUAAGUGCACGGCCUCCGGUGAAACCCCCGCCACGCUUGCUGAAUUUACCCUCGCCACACUUGAUUUUUACGAUGUUAGCCUUGUUGAUGGCUUCAACAUACCGAUGGCAGUGAAAGCCAUUAAUGGAAGGGGAAACUGCACCACUGCAGGAUGUGUCUCGGACUUGAGGUCUGCUUGUCCUUCGGAGCUCGCUGUUAAGGCCAACGGGAAGACUAUAGCAUGUCGGAGCGCAUGCGACGUGUUCAACACCGACGAAUAUUGUUGCAGGGGUGUUUAUGGUAAUCCAGUUAUAUGUCAACCUACAUUUUACUCGAAGAAAUUCAAGGCAGCAUGCCCUACAGCUUAUAGCUAUGCUUAUGAUGAUCCUACUAGCAUUUUUACAUGUUCAGCGGGAGAUUAUGUUGUCACAUUUUGCUCAUCCAGGAACCAAACUGUGUGCACAUAUCACAACCACAAGCUCAUUUGCAGCGGAUCAAACCGCUUUAAAUCGUUGAUUGGAAAAUGGUGGUCCUUGAUGCUUGGAUUGCCACUGAUGAUUCACUUUUGGAUGACUAUUUAGCAGAAGCUCAUAACUUCAUUUGCUUUUAUUUUUUAUUUUUUUUAAAGGUUUAUUUAUUUAUUUAUUUGGGAAGGGGCCUUCUGUUUAACAGCAUCAGUGCUCCAAAUGAAUGUAUAUAUGAAGCUGAUUAUUUAACUUUCCGAAUUGUUUUUGUUCAAAAUUGAUCUAUUACAAUUACUAUGUCCAAAUUGCAAUAUA